AUGGCACCAACUUUGCCCACACUGCCAAAGGAGCUACGGCUCAUGAUCUACGAUGAGCUCUUCCAACCAUUGAUUCGUCGACCGAAAAACUUCGAUGUCUACGUUCUACCAUGCGAUUGGCCUACCAAUGAUUCCUCGGCCUUGACUGCGUUAUUGCUUCUGUGCAAAGAGAUACGAUUUGAAGCGAAGGGGCAUUUCGAAUCGCACUACCUGGGGUCGCUGAUGCUUUACUUCGACGACGUGCCCAGCCUUCACCGGUUCAAACUCAACGUGGAAAGGGCACCGGCCAGGUAUCGGAACCUCCAGGCUUGCUUCCAUACUAUGCUUUGCUUCCAGUCCGCCACGGAACUGUGGUGCGGCGAUUUGCACGCCGAGUGGUACGAUCUGGUCGAGGCAGUGAAACGAGAUGGUCUUUCCUUCAUAGGGGACCAGCGCGGCAUCCACCCGAGUUGCCAAUACAUGGACCAGUGGCCCAACCCGCUCCGGGCUCUUUGCGAAGAGGAGUCGAGCGACCUCCACCAUGACCGCUGGUGGGCACAGGAUUGGCCGGAGAUAGGUGGCGCGAUCAGGCACGGUAGUGUGAGCGAGCUCCAGAUCGAUAUGCUUACCGUACCACUCCAGGAUACAGCGAUGGAGAUGACUGUACAUCGGGUUUGUGGCGACCUCCGGACACUAUAUGCAACGAUUGCCGCCCAAGUCAAGGAUAUAGCUUUGGAAGGGAAAUGGGACCCUCGACUCGAUCGGCAGGCGUUUUCCGGCGCCGUAACGAGGGCACAAAGGCUCCGGCGUUUCGAGGCCGAACAUGGCUCUGGCUACUCGGACAAGCAAUGGCGCCAUGCGAUGGAGGAUCGUGCGCCAGGCUAG